AGUUUAUACGGUACGAUGAGCACCGCCGUCGACGCCACCGCCACCGUCGAUACAUUGACUGUGAUACCACCAGAAAAUUGGCCCGAGCUACGCGAUCUGUAUGUGGCUAAUUGGCCCGUGAAUUUGGUGGCCUAUCACACGGUUGAUAAUUUCAUCCAGUGGCAUCGGAAGGACCCCGGCAUCAAGCAUCUCACAUUCUACAGCCUGAAUGGGGACUGGCGAAAGGAUGGCACUUACGUGAUAGUGGAUCGCUAUCAGCUGUUUCUCUAUACGCUUGCGGGUACCAGCAGUGAUGUGCUGCAGCGGGCACUGCACUUACUCGAUUGGAGCCAAGGGUUCAAAGUGAGUUCGUUCCUAGCGAGGCAUCGGAAUGCGGUGAUUAAUGUGAUCGAUAGUAAAGGCCUUCGGAAGGAGUACGACAGCUGCACCUAUCUGUACUAUAUGUCGAAGGAGGAAUCGACCAAGCUGAAGGUCGAGCUUCCAGAGGGAUUUCGACUGGCAGACCUGACGGCCGACGAUGCUGUCAAAGUUGAUGCGGUUUGGCCGAAUAGGCACACGGGGUCGUUGUUUUUCCUACAGCGACUUGCCGCAUGGAAUCCCAACGUUGGAUUGUAUAAUGCCUGCGGAGAACUGGUUGCAUGGUGUUUCAGACUCCAAGCUGGACCGCUAGGCGCCCUCCAGGUAGAUGAAAAGCACCUCAAGAAGGGCUACGGAUCCAUAGUGACGGUGGCAAUGGCCAAAAAGCUGGCCGAUUUGAACCAGGACUGCUUUGGGCUGGUCAAUAAUAGCAACAUUCCUUCCAAACGUAUGUUCGAAAAGCUAGGCUUCCGACAUACGGACUUUGCGUACUGGCUGCGAACGUAUCCGACCAUCCCAUGUCAUUGGAAUGAUGACUAGAUCAUAAGGCAGCAUGCCGGUCUUGUUAAACAGGGAAAAAAAUGAUUAUAUAGCAAUAAAUUAGUCAAUUUAAUGCCAAACUGUUA